AUGGGUGAUCAAAAAAUCACCGAACACUUUCGUAUUGAUGACGCAACUGGACUAAUUCAGUCUGAUGGAAAUCUAGAUCGAGAGACAUUUGAUCAUUAUGAAUUUAUUGUUAUAGCCCAGGACUGCGGCAUUCCCUCACUAUCAAACUCAAUCACUGUUAAAGUCAUCAUGCGUGAUUACAAUGAUGAACUGCCAACAUUUACAAAACAAGUGUAUGAAUUUCAUGUAACUGAAAAUAACCAACCAAAUCAGUAUGUUGGAAGUAUCACCUGUUCAGAUGGUGAUUUGGGCAGUAAUGGAUUAAUUCACUUUCAAAUUGAGUCAAUGUUUUAUCAUGGACAAGUACAUCACAUAAAUGAUUACCACAUUUCACCUGCACAACUAUUAAAAACCUCUAAUAACGUAGAUGACAUGUUUAUGAAUACAUCGAUUAAGCCGGAAUUACCGUUUGAGCUUUUGAGUUAUUUUGAUGCCCUAAGGAAUAUAUAUCUUGUGAAGAUAUAUGCAAAGGAUAAAAUUGAUAGAGAAGAACUACUAGUCAUAUCUGAAUCAAUGCCAGUUUCCGCAAGUUCUCCAAUUUCACCCAGCUUCUCAGUAUCAUCUCACUCACUCACUCAAAAAGUGUACAAAGAGAACAUGAAACCAUCGAAAACAUCUGACAACAUGGAUAAUGUGGGAUAUAAAUUCUGGAUUGUUGGAGAAGAUCAGGGUCAGCCUCAACAGCGUGGUCGUGCACUAGUACACGUUAUCGUAGACGACCAGAAUGAUAAUAGACCAUAUUUCAAACAACCAAAAGACGAUACAUUUCUAAUUGAUUUAUCAUAUAUGGAAAGAAUGAAGUACCCAGUAUAUAAGGUAAUUGCAGUCGAUGAUGAUGCAGGAAGGAACGGUACCGUGAGAUAUGAAAUCCAGCGAGUGACAGCUGAAAUUAUUACUGGUAAUGUUAUCAGUCACCAUGUAAGUACUGUACAAAAUCCGAAUUACGAAGUACUGAGCACUUCGCUGUUUUCGUUGAAUCCAGUAAGUGGCAUUCUGCGUUUGAACAAACAAUUUUCUCCGUCAGAUAUUGACAGGAUAUUGAAUGUGGACAUUAAAGCGUAUGAUUUGGGCAUACCUGAUUCUAAACAUUCCUACAUAUCACUUCGGAUAAGACUCAUAAAUUCAACAUCUUCAGAGAGCAAAGACGGAUUUAAAUUUCUCAUAGAUGAAGAGGAAGAUGAGGAAGAAGAUGAGGAUGGACGUGAAUCUUACACAAAGUGGUGGAGUCACUUGCGACUUUCUAUGAACAGCUAUAUUAUAUUACUAACAGUAACAGCAUCUAUCUUAUUAUCAAUUAUCCUUAUGUGCAUCAUAGGAUUCCUUAUCAAGCGCAAAAGAGUGAAACAAGAUUCAAACAAGAAUCGAUCGAACGAUUCUAAUGGACCAGUCAAAUACAAUCCAAGUGGAUUACUACUCGCUGAUAGAUACAAAGACAUAGAUAAUAGUCCCAUUAAAAGUAAACUUAUCCCCGAUGACAACCUAGACAGCAUCAAUUCAACCAUGUCAAACUUGUUGAAUGAGGUUCCAAACAAUGAAAUCACGUCCGAUAAUAUUACUCAUACAAUCAGUUAUUCACCAAUAAAUUAUGGUACUUCAGUUUUACACUAUGCAGAUAACCAUUACAACAUAUGCAGUCUGUCUUCGCCCUUUUCUUCAGAUUCGCAAACAACCGUACUACCACAACCAUUCAUUGUUCGUCUAGAACCAAUUUCAACGAGUAUUAUGGACACAAAUUGUAUACAACCAAUAAGUAUAUUGUACCCCACACAUUCUACAGAAAACUUUGAUCAACUACUUAUACACCCGAUAUCCAACGCCCCUGGACUGACUUCUCCUUGUUUUUCUUAUUCUUCCAAUAUAAAUUCAAUAAAACGCAGCAAACAGAGUUGUUGUGAAUUGAAUAAUCCACCAAAUAGAGUGACUACAGAUAUUCAAGCUAGAUAUGAUCAAACAGCAAGAAAUUUGCAGUUUCCAAAAGAGGAAAUUCACUUGGACCAACUCUGUAACUACAAUACAAAUAGUUUAUCAAAGCCAAAAACACCAGAAAUUCAACAUGUGUGCUUUCAUUCACCACUGACUAAACGACAUAGUCUAAACUCUCUUGGCCAAGAUAGUGGAAAUGGUGAUAGCCUGGAAACGACGACAGUUUCACUGGUCCCUACAACAAGAUCGGUCUGGGUGGAUGGUUCAAUGAAUGUAUCCUCAGUUGAAAUAUCCAAUAAACAGCCAGUUAGUCUGUCCUUUGUCCAUGUAAUAACUCCGUUGUCUAGUGUUAAAGAAACUGAUAAUUGCAAUAAUAAUACAAACAGCUCAGACACAGCAACAUCACUGAACACACUUUGGUACGUUAAAUAA